AUGAAGAAUUUCACUUACCUCGAUGGAGGAAGUCUGCUGUGCAACCAAGACAAAACAAGCAGAAAGAAAUUGUAAGUAGCAUAUAUAUAGUUUCAUCUUUCUACAUGACUCCUUUUGUCCUCUUUAGAAUAACAAUUACUUUUAGAAUAAUAUGCCAACUUUAGAAUAAAAACGUUAACACAUAUAAUGUUUGAACCUUCUUCGGGGGCUUGAACUACAUCCAAGCUCGUGGUUUCAGUUUCAUCAGUGGAAAGAUUGUUAUACUAUAUUACUUUAUAAAGGCAAGGGGAUGAUAGCCUUGCAGCUGCUCCGAAAAUCUCCUGCAAUUAUGACAACGAAGCCGACGAAGAAAAAACAAUCUCGUUUCUUGAACACGUAUAGUAUAAACAAUUUAUUGUCAAAUGAAGCAAUCACUGUUAUAGAAGCUGCGAACCUAUCCAAGGAAUUAAUCGAUUACAUAUUGUCAAAACGACGGAUAAUUAUCAACAACUAAGGGAGUACUUUCGAAAAAGCGUUGCUUGGUCCAUCAUUUUUGUGAGCUCUCAACGCAUGUUCUUCUUUAAUAUUAACAUAAUUUUUUACUAUGUAUACUGACAUGUACGUCAUGUAAAAUUUCUGUUUAUUUUCGUUUAGAAAGAACUUGGAUCUCUUCAGUUCACAUUAAAAUACGAUCUUCGAAGGUGUAUUAUGAUAUUUUAGUUUGAAAACUACAUGCAUAUAUUUUUAAAACCCCUCUUUUUAAUUAUGAAAAAUGCGACCUAAUACAUAGACAUUAUCUCCUCACAAAGUAUAAUGACCUUUACGUGCAUGGUCCAUUCCCCCACUAUCUCAAACUUAUUAAAUAAUUCAUGAGUAAAUUAGCCAACCAUAUUGCUUUAUUUGGUCACAUGAUAAUACUGGAUACCUGCAUGUGGUGAAGUAUCUUUGAUCCAGUCCUAAGACUGAAUCAAAAUUAAUUCAGUCCUUGGACUGUAAAAUUGGGCAAUAUUUUGAUCCUGUCCUCGGACUUGAUCAAAUUGCGCGGACUUGAAAUCUAGUCCAGUCCUCAUAGUCCUAUCAUUUGAAAUAUUACAUGAAACAUUUAUUGAUAUUUCUACACCAGUCCUAUAAUAUAGAUGAGACUGAGUAAAUAUAAAUUAUUUUCGUUCAAAGGUAGUAUAAUAGUCCCAUUUCAAUUUCUUGAUUCUUGCAUAAUUUAAUGUAAUAUGUUUUUAGAUCUCAACUGAACGUAAAUAUAUUACGAGGAGAAGAUUUUCCUCUGAUAUCAUCAAGUAAUGUUUCUUUUACCUACGUCGUCGUGGAACUACAACCGUUCUCCCAGAAAUAUGAAGCUAAAGCACAAACACGCUACGCUCGGAACAGUAUUUCUCCUGUGUUUAAUGAUACAAUCCAUUAUCAGAUUCCAGUCCAAGAAUUACAAGGGCAAACUCUACUACUCUCUGUGUACGACAUUAAUCAUCUUUCAGCUCAUGAUCUUAUUGGAAGUGUAAAGAUAAAUGUCGACGGAAAUUUCUUAGCAAGUGGAGCAGAAAGAAUUUACAAGGAAAAUCUGAAAUUUGAAGACGAUGUAAGUUAUAAAUUAAAUUAAAUCAGAGCCUGCCUCGCAGGUUAAAUCAUUCGUGCAUUUUUACCUUUUGUUUUUUUACCAUCCACCAUUCCACCGUCAAUUGUCGCUCGGUAUUCCUAUACGAGGAUCUUUCAUGACCGACGCUACAUUUUCUUGAUGUUCGUUCCAUUGUUUUCACGUUUCUGCAGAGCUAACCGUUCCUCAGGGUCUGAUUUGCCUUUCUCAAUCAAAUGGUUUCUCAAAAGUAUUUGACACACUGAGUCACUGUGCAACUAUUAAAAAUUACCUGAUUCUAGUUAGCUUAAUAUCUUUGUUAUAUAUUAAGUGCAUGUGAUUCCUUAUAAGAUUUGCCCGUAAAAUUGUCUGAAAAAUAAACAUCUUGUAGUUCAAUCUCUUUGCUGAGGGAAAUUAUAUUCCUCAGGAUUCCACAUUUUUGGUCAAACCAUACCGUAUUCUACUUCAAAUUUAUAAAAUGUGCCUCUACAGUUUUCUCGUUUUUACGAAAACAAAUUAAACUGUGGUAUAUAUCAUGUUUUCUUUUUAACUUCCAAGAAUCCCAAAUUAGUUGGCGAGAUCCUUGUUGGAUUACGUUGGAAGAAGGAUAAAGAAACACUAGACGUUACGAUUCAAGAAGCUUCAAGUCUGAGAAUAAUGGACCAAGAUAGACAUACAUCAAGUGAGUCAAAAUAUAUUAUCAGCUCUGUAUAAAAUACACCAUACACCGUAAUUAAAUUAUAGGUAUAUUUACUUUUAUUUGCACUGUGCAAAUUAUUAAGUUAGACAUUUUACUUUAGUUGCCAUUGUGCAAGCUCUUUCUUGCGCACUUACGUGAGUAAAAUAUUUUGCUAUCCUAUAUGUACGAAGGCAGUGAGAAGAAAAAUACAUUCUAGCUCCAACCACAUUAAGUCAUAAUGCCAUAUAAUUAGCAUAAUUUUUAAGUUUUUAAAGUGAAUUCCCAAAGGAAUUUAAUGUUCAAUGAAAUUAUUACAUGAGUAAGCUAAGAUUAUCUCCAACAACUCAAUCGAACACUUGCUUUCUGCACGACUUUUCUUUAAAUUCCUCCACAUUCUGAGAUUGCACCCUCGUGUACAGAAAGAACGAUAUUUCUAAAUUUUCUAAUCAUUUUAUAUCAUAAAUAGGCUAUCUGUAUUGAAUGAAAAGUGUUUAAAUAUGAAAAAGCAGUGUAGCUUCAGACACAGAGAGACAUAUACUGUCAUAUGUAAUCGCUUAGAAAAUAUAUAGAAUACUGCAUGGUUAAAUUUGCUGACUUGAACUAUGUUUAAAUUUUGCAGGUCCUUACGUGAAAAUCCAGGUGUUCAUCAACUCUUUUCUUGUGCUAAAGAAACGAACCAAAGUAGAAAAAAAGACGCUCUCUCCCAAAUUUAGAAAAACAUUCAGUGUGCAUGUUCCUGGGGACAGUUUAACUCGGAACACUCAGCUUGUUUUGACUGUAAAACAUGUUGCCAAGUUCAGGAGGAAGCAUGUCAUUGGUCAGUUAUAUUUUGGGCUCGAUGCAAAGGCGAGUACAUCUGAACAGUGGGAAAUUAUAAGAAAGGGCAGCGAGUAUGUUGAAAUGUGGCAUGAACUAGAUGCACCACUUGAUAAUUCAACAUGGCAGUCCAGAUCCAAAGUGAAUUAUCUAUUAUUUGAAGACAACAAUAGCGACGAUAAUCAUAGUUUGGCAGAACUAUCAGAUCGUUCUGAUACUCGCUCAGAUUCUGCUUUGCUACGGUACAGUCGCUCAUUUUAAAUUUCAAAAUUGAUUGCAUAAUAUAUUAUCAUCUUCUAUCUACAAGACACAUUUUCUCCUAGCUACAAGGACGUGGGAACGGUUCUUACAUCCAUGCAAUUGAUCUGUGAGCUACUGACAAAUCAUGAUAAUUUGCCACAGAGGAGGAAUGAGGGUCUUCCCGAGGGUCUCCAUUAUUAUUCAAUAUAUUUACUCUCAACGCGCUGUUCGAUUAAAAACUGUUGAAAUGUAUUGGCAAUUGCGAUUUUUGCUAUGAAGAUCUCGUUUUCUCAAAGGUAUGUUUUUGAUAACUUUUUUGUUUAGC